AUGGUGUGUCUUUGUUUAACUCAGGAUGUGUUAAAAUUUGUCUUGGAAACAUAUGUUCAUCAUAAAGAUCUGGAGCAGGAGAAAUUUUUGAAUUUUCCUGAAUAUAUUGAAAGAAUCCACUCUAUCAAAAAGACCUCGGUUUCUUCAAGAGAAUUAUUAUUAUCAAUUUCAGAAUUAAUUGAUUCGACAUUUGUAAUUGUUUCUUCAAGAGGAUCAUUCAUAAUAGCUGAAGAAAAACGAAGGUUUCUUUCUGACAAUAAUGAUAAGGAAAAUAUAGAUUGUCAAUUAUUAAAAACAAUUGAGGAAGAACUCGAAAAGACUAAUAGAAGGUAUGAUAGAUAUGUUGGUAAAUUAGAUAGAUUGAGUAAUAUCAGGAGAGAUUUGAGAAAGGGAAAAUAUAAAAAUGGAAAAGAAAAGAGAGAACUAGAGGAGGAGAUAGAGGAAUUGGAAGGAGAGAAAAAGCAAAUUGAGAAGAAGAUGGAUUCUUGGGAGGAGCAAGUAAAGAAGUUACAAGAUCUAUUAAUUGAACUUUCCAAUAAAAGAUCAGAAAAAACAUUGAGAGUAUCAGACAUUAAUAACCCCUCUCGAAGAAGAAGAAUAGAAAGUAUAAUGGAUUAUUGUCACGAUCAUAGAAAAGUUAAAAAAAAUGGAAGGCUUGCUUUUAAUGAAUUUGAAUGGAAAUAUGUGUCGAAAAUUUAUGGAUUUGAAGAAGAGAGGUAUUGUAUUUUAUUUAUUAUACUUCAAAUUUAUGCUUAUGGUUUGCUAACUGAGUUAUAUUUUAGAGUUAUACCUACAUUUAUACCAACUAAAAAAAAUAUUCCAUCUGAUUUAGUAGACUUUUUGAUGAAAAUACUUCAGCUGGUUUCCCGUCAAGCUGGUCCAAUAAACAUUGGUAAAGAAGCCAAAAGAAAAGAAUUUAUUUCUCCUAUAAUCCUUUUAGCUUCUGAUUUUAUGGGUGGUAAUGUCUCUACUACUUUUGAACAAGAACUUGAAGGAAAAAUUGUCCCAGCCAAUGGAAGAGUCGAAUUUAUUGUUAAAUUUAACCAAUUUUAUGUUUGUAUUGUAGAAACAAAAAGAGAAAGUUUUGAUCAAGGGAGAGCUCAAGCUUAUAUAUCAAUGGAAACUGCGUUGGAUCAAAAAGUCAUGUACGGAAUUAUUACAAAUGCAAGUGAUUGGGUAUUUUUACGACUAACAGAUCAUGGUAUUGGAGAGUCUGAAAUUUAUCAUAUAAACAGCAUAAAAUCAGUUGAUGGAAAGUAUUAUUACCCUGUAAGAGCUGAUGUUGUCAAUAUAUUGGAAAUUCUUUGCGGAAUACUUUUGGAAAUAAAUGAUAAUUUACAAGGAUUAAU